AUGGCAGAAACAGCAGGACUUCUAAUUGGCGCAGUUAGCCUAACAACCAUCUUCACCACCUGUGUUGACUGCUUCGAAUACGUCCAGUUAGGGCGUAAUUUUGGUAAGGACUAUCAAAGAGCGCUCUUGAAGCUGGAUAUUGCCAAGCUUCGCCUAUCUCGUUGGGCCGAUGUCGUUGACGAGUCACACAAUCAGUGUCGCGUCUCCGUGGGCACGUCUGCGGAAGCAGAGAAGGUGAAGGAGAUUCUGGGGGAGAUCGUGACUUGCUUUGCCGACGCAGAGAAGGUCUCGCAGCGAUUCAAGACCAAGAGCGGCUCCACCGAGUUGCAGGUUUACGACGUCAACACCGACUUGGAACCCAGCCUACGAACAAUGCACGACAAGAUGCGCGACCUUGCGCUGAAGCGACAACAUCGGAGCACUGUGCGCCAGAAGACGGCCUGGGCUUUGUAUGAGAAGAAACACUUUGACCGGCUGAUCAGUGAUAUCGUCGAGCUGGUCGAUAGCUUGGUACAGCUUUUUCCUGCGACACAACAGCGUCAAAGCGAGCUUGUUGUUGAAGAGGUUCAGGAAAUUGAAUCGCACCCUGCCCUUCCAGAGAUCGAGGCCGCUGCCGUAGAUGUUGAUAGCCUGCUCCUUUCAUCAGUUCAGAGAGCUUUGGCAGCCCAGGGCAGCCACAAC